AUAUUUUCAUUCAUCAAAGAAAGAUGACGUUUCCAUGACGUGGUGGUAAGAAUAAAAACCAUUUCAAUUAGAGUGUAAUCACACUACAACAUGAGCUGUUUAGUGGUACGAAUCAAGUACCUACUCCUUGCGGUCUUUAUCGUCAUAGCAUCCUCCAACGCAGCCCGUGAAAGAGAUGAUUACAGAAUCUUCAACCGAAACACUAAGAUCACUUCCKUCCAAAUCAAGGUUAUGCUGGCAAAGGCGAAAUUAGAAAAUCAUGGUUUUAGUAAAGAAGUAACAACUCGAAUAAUAACUAGAAAAGAUUUGAGUACAGAAGUAGUCACCGAGUAUUUUAUCUAUAAGACUGUACUAUGUAAUAAGUUAUCUUUGGUACAGUUACAACUGGCCAGUCUACUACCCGGUGUAUGGGGUAACGAUAUCACUAACAGAACACGCCAAAUAGUCAAGAAGAAAUCCCUCACUCCUGUACAACAAUGUUCAGUCGGUAUAGAAAUCCACUUUCCUGAAACUGUCUGUCACAACAUACCCAACAAACUAGGAGACGAAACAUCAUAUCAACCACGAACAGCAGACAACCCCGCGUCGGCAGCGCAGAAACCAUGCGGAUACUGGUGUCUCAUUUGUAUAAGAGCAACCACAUUAGACUGAUAUCUGUUUAGUUAUUAUACGGUCACUGAGCCUGUCAGUACCUAUGAUUCAUGUACAAUAUGUAAUGGUUUUACCCUUUGUAGAUUGAUAGAAGAUUUCAAUAAAUGUUGACUAUAAACAAGUUA